AUGACUGAUACAUCUUCUCAUGACCGACACAUCUUUUCUGAAAUCCGUGUGGAUCGCACAGCUGGCAAGAGGCAGGAACAAAUUAAAGAGGACAAGGACAUGGCUGCACCAGAGCUUCAGUCACUGGCUGCAACCGCAUUGGAGAAAGAGUACAGGCUCAAAGCUCCAUCGGAAUUCAACCUCCUCUCUUGA